CCUACUUAAUAAACAUGGUGAUAAUCUGGAAAGAUAGUUUAUUUUUCGGAUUUUCUUGAAAAAUUCUCAUUUUGAGGAAUCAUUCACAAGUUUCGAGUUACCAACUCGAGUUUUUGGUUGAUUUAUAAGUGAAUUGGAUCAUGGGAAAAGCUCUUUAUCUCAUUGUUUCGGGAAUGCUGGCAACUUCCUUAGCCAUAUGCAUAUGGGUUUUCUCUGGUCCAGGAAACCAGGAAUGGAACAAUGAGGGAUUAGUGGAUGUCCCUAGAUUAAAUUUCAGACCCCUGCCUGAUGACAAAAAAAGUACUCUCAUUCAGUUGAAAUUGUCUAACAAAACCAAUCACUUGAAAUGGACGGAAAAUCUUAUGUCUUUUCUAGACAAGUAUUAUGAUCCUCGGAAGAUUGGAAAAGGAAUCGAAAACAUGUACGCUUGUUCAUAUAACACCCAUUUACCGCCAAAGGGCAAAUUUUGUGAUGUCCUUGUCGACACAAUGGAAUUGGGACCUUGCAUCCGUGAUAAUUAUUUUGGCUAUCACAAAGGAUCACCCUGUGUAUUCCUGAAACUGAAUAUGAUAAACGGAUGGGUGCCAGAGUAUUACAAUGAACCCAAUGAUCUUCCUGAAGUCAUGCCAGAACAGCUCAAGUACCAUAUAAGAUACAAUGUCACCCCAAUAGAGAGAAAAACUAUCUGGAUAUCCUGUGAGGGCGAAAAUCCAGCAGAUGUAGAAUUCAUGGGACCUGUUCAAUUUUACCCUUCAACCCAAGGAUUGCCAUAUUACUAUUUUCCAUACGACAAAACCGAAGGCUACAUGAGUCCUCUUGUUGCUGUUCAAUUCAAGAGACCAACCACCGGUGUAGUAAUAAAUAUCGAAUGUAAAGCGUGGGCCAAAAACAUCAAACACAAUAGAGAAGACGAGAGUGGAAUGGUUCAUUUCCAAUUGCUCGUAGAUUGAGAAAAACAGAUCAUAAAUCUGAGAAAACUGAAAAAAACAAUAAUAAUAAAAAUUAUUAGAAGCUAAGAAUAUAUGAA